AAAUAAACCAACCUAAGUGCCACUCAUCGUGAUAAAGGAAGGCAAAGAUCAGCUUCAGACGGUUUUUCCCGCAGAUUCCAGGCGUUAGUACUUACGAAAAGCAAAUUUAACUAUGUGGGAAAGACUCUGUGCUCUAUUUAGACGGCAUCGCCGCCCUCACACAUCCAAACAGCGGCGUCAAUCCGACCCCCUUGGGAAUUUAAGUGAGGUGUCAGCGCCCCCUCCGAUCGAGAAUCGCCACGACUCCGGUCUCUAUCGUCAUCACACUCUGGAAGAAAAUCUUCGACGCAAUUCCCGUGGCGAGGAUGUCGAUGGUGACGAUGAAGAAAACGAGGAUAUUCUCGUCCGCCACCACACUUUGGAAGAAAACCUCGAGCUUGCCAGGGAGCUUACGCAAGAGAUGAGAAGGCAGUCGCAUGAGCUGAGGCGGCUCUCCACUGACCGAGAACAUGCCACAAGCUCUAAGGAAGCUACCUGAUGUUUUAGCCUCGCGAAGCGUAUAGUGAGGGAAUGGGGGAGUGACAAAGAACACUCUAUUCGUCCCGAUUGUUAUAUGCUGUGGCUGCUGUCAAAAGACCACUCCAGAGAGUACAAAAUAAGAUGGUCAUGAGUAUUUUGAAAGAGUGCUGCUGCUUUAUACAAAGCGUCUUGACAACCUCGCUCGCUUUUGGCUGUCAGAUGUGGUUGAUGAUUAGGGUCAAUGGUGAUGGCAGGUUCAACUAGCUUUGCCAGCCGUCGGUAGAAGAUAGGCGAUACAUACCUUCGAUAGAUUCGGGAUGCCAAAAUAUUUGAGCACAACCAGUCCUCUUAUGUAGAUAAAUUCACUUGUGUUAUCCCG